AUGGCGGUGAAUAAUACCGAAACCGAAGUCCAGGCUCCCAAGGAGCCAAAUGCGGACCAGGUCGAGCAUCUGACAGACAGCGAGAAAGCGAACAACCCAGAUACAGUCCAGACAUACAUUCCGUCCGAGGGCGAGUACAAUGUCACAUUCAAAACUUGGAUCGUUGUCGGCAUCCUGUCAUGGAGCUAUGGCGUCUCUUUCUGGAUUGUGCCUAGUCUUUCCAACUGUAUGACAGUUGUGGCAACUCAACUUGGUGACCCGACAGCUUCUGCCUUCUAUGUGGCGGUCUACACAAUGACUGUGACAAUUGCAUUUAUGGUCUGCGGAGCAAAUAGCGAUCUGUUCGGAAGACGCUGGUUUAUAAUCGGUGGAAAUGUCCUCAUGUUUAUUGGCUUCAUUGUCGGAGGCACAGCAAAGAGUAAUAAGGCUUUGAUUGCAGCAAUGGCUUUCAUUGGCUUCGGCGGAGGAAAUGCUCAAUUGGCAGCUUUCGCUCUACCAGAGUUGCUUCCCAAUAAAUGGCGGCACAUUGCCAUUGUCAUCGCUGAUAUCGGAGUGUACUUCGACGUUGUCGUUGGACCUGUUGCUGGUCGCUUCGCCGCAGUUGAUGGCGACUCAUGGCGGUGGAUUUUCUACGCGCCUGCCAUAUGUGCUGCGUUGUCUUUCGCAGGACUGUAUCUAUAUUACUAUCCCCCGGCACACCCUCGCGGCUUGCCGUUCAAGCAAGCCCUCCGCGAACUGGACUAUGGUGGAGCAAUCUUGUUCAUCAUUUCGGCGACGCUGAUCCUGACCGGCAUUGUCUACACGACUACACUUCCCUCCAGCGACCCCAAGGUUAUCGGGACGCUUGUCCCAGGCUUUGCGCUGUUGGUCGUAUUUGGGCUGUAUGAGACGUUCAUGCCGCUCAAGCAGCCCCUAACUCCAACACGCGUGUUCACUCGUGGCCAUGGCCGAGAGCUCACGGCCCCAUUCAUCGCCGCCUUUGUCGUGACUAUGUUCUACUAUGCCAUCAACGUCAUUUAUCCGACCAUGAUCUCUGUAUUCUUUACCAACGAGACGACUGACUUCCGAUAUGCCGUUACGCUCACACUCCCGGCUAAUCUCGGUCUCGUCUUUGGAGCGGUUCUGCUGACUCUCUUUGGCACAAAGAUCGGUCAUUGGAGAUGGACGUUGACAGGAUCUGUUACAAUCAUGGUUGUCUUUGGAGCUCUGCUCGCGCUGGGCACACCAACCAGGAAGGGUCUCGUGAUUGCGCUCGUAUUCAUCGAACAAAUCGGUUUCGGCUGGGCUCAGUACCUCUCAAUCGCGUUUGUCCAGUUUGGAACAGAUCAGACUGAGCUAGGAAUUGCUGGCGGUCUUGCGGGCGUCGCUCGGUUCGCUGGCGGAGCUGUAGCAAUUUCCGUCUACACCACCAUUCUCACCAAUGUCCAGACUAAGUCAGCAGCAAGCCUUGUACCCAAGGCGGCCCUUGCGGCCGGGCUGCCCUCGGGCUCUGUUCAGGCUCUUCUGAGCGCGUUGCCACUCGGCAGUGCAGCACUGUCCAAGGUCCCUGGCAUCACCACGGAUAUCAUUGCAGCUGCUGGUGCCGCCUUCCAACAAAGCUAUGUCGUCGGAUUGCGUACAACGGCCCUCGCUUCGCUCUCAUUCGGCAUUGUAGGCAUCAUUGCCUGCAUUUGCUGCCAGGACAUUGGCCCCAAGAUGAACGAGAAGAUUGAGAUUUUCUUGGAGAAUGAUGUCAAUGCUGACAAGAAUAAGUACCACUAA